ACCGCCCCCCAAGUCACCCCCUCCCCCACUCGCCUCAACACGCCAGAUCCACACCUCCAGACCCUCCACCAAGAAUGGGGCAAGCCCAUCAAAGUCUCCAGCACGCGCGACAACCCGCUCGAUAUACCCGUUUACAAGCUCUCUGGCGCAGACGGGCGGGGGUCAUGGUUCGGACGACGCAGUAUACAUGAGGGAUUGCCGUUCGCGAGAUGGCAGGAGAAGCUGUCGAGUGAGAUGCUUGUCACGCUGGCGGCGAAUGAGGAGCGGUUGGCGGGAGGGAAAGUCGCGGAUCAGGCUGUUAGGGGGAUUGGGGCUGAGAGGCGAGUUGAGAGGGUUGAGGUUAGGGAUAAGGAUGGCGGGGGGGAUGUGGUGGGGCAUGUUAGUGUUUUUCAUGUGUCGGCGCAGUUUCCGAGGCCGACGACGCCGAGGGAUUUUGUGGCGCUGAUUUUGGAUUGGGUUGUUGGUGCGGACGAUGGUGGAGGGGGAAGAGG